CGACAAUUAUAGCUUCGCUCCGUCGCGUCGAUGGCUUGAGGCGUGCUCCGCGUGUAAUAAAUAAUUUCAGUUUGAAAUAAUUAUGUUGUGUAGGACAACCAUCGUGCUCGGGGUUAUCUCUUGUGGUUUCUGUGGCGACUUGAAUUUCCCUCCAGAAUUUAAGUUCGGUGUGGCCUCUUCUGCGUACCAAAUUGAAGGGGCGUGGAAUGUUUCAGAUAAAUCAGAAAGCAUUUGGGAUACCUUCACACGAGAGCAUGCAGACAUAAUAUCUGAUCGAAGCAAUGGCGACAUCGCUUGUGACUCGUACCAUCUUUGGAGGCGGGACAUUGAAAUGCUUGUAGAACUAGGCGUACACUUUUAUAGGUUCUCAAUAUCCUGGCCACGUGUUCUGCCCACCGGUUUUCCAAACUACAUCAGCGAAGAUGGAGUUAAAUAUUAUAAUACUUUGAUAAAUGCGUUGUUGGAAAACGGAAUAGAGCCCUUGGUCACUUUGUACCAUUGGGACCUUCCACAGAGACUCCAGGACUUGGGAGGCUGGACGAAUCCUCACAUCGCAGAAUGGUUCGAAAAUUACGCCAGAACAGCCUUCGAGUUAUUUGGCGACAGAGUGAAGACUUGGAUCACGAUUAAUGAGCCUUUCGUCGUUUGCGACAUGGCGUACAACACUGGUCUGGUGGCUCCUGGGAUCAUUGAUCCUGAAAUUGCACCAUAUCUGUGCAAUAAAUACACGUUGAUGGCCCACGCGAGAGCCUGGAGACUUUACGAUAAGGAGUUCAGACAUAAAUAUCAUGGUAAAAUCUCCAUCGCGAACCAACUGUUUUGGUUUCAGCCACUUACUGAGGAAGAUAAAGAAGUCACUGAUCUAGCAUUAGAGAAUUGUGUCGGUCGGUACUCUCAUCCAAUUUACUCUAAGAAAGGUGGAUGGCCGCCGAGCAUAGAGAAAACUAUCCAUGACAAUAGUCGAAGACAAGGGUACCUGAAGUCAAAUUUACCCGUUCUGACUAAGCAAGAGAUUGAGUACAUCAAGGGUACCUACGACUUUUUUGGACUGAACCACUACACAAGUCGCUUGGUACGAAAAGCAGAGUCUGGCGAGAAGCUGAGUCCCUGGCCCACAGGGGAUGCUCCUGAUUUCAAUGCUCGACUUCUAGUUUCGCCGCACUGGCCCAAUACUUCAUCUUCUUGGUUUUUUGUCAACCCACCAGGGAUAAGAAAACUGCUGCAGUGGUUGAAGAAAAAUUACGGCGAUCUUACAGUUUUAGUAACGGAAAACGGAUUUCCGAAUCUUGGUGGCGUGGAGGAUGUUGACCGAAUAAACUAUUACAGAGAUAAUAUGCAUGAGAUUCUCUUGGCUAUCAAAAAAGACAAAAUCAACGUAACCGCAUACACGGCUUGGACGCUGAUGGACAACUACGAAUGGAUGGAUGGAUACAAGUCUAAGUUCGGUCUCUACCACGUGGACUUUACGUCUCCACAACGAACCCGUACACCGAAAGCUUCAGCGGAAUACUAUAAAAGCGUAAUAAAAGCACACUCUCUGAAGGUUCCUCACAUUAUAAGAAUCAACAACCCGUCCAGCGGUUCUCGUCACCAUGCAUCUUCACUACUGCACACUACACUACUCUGUCUAAUACUAGUUAAUUUAGCAUUUUAUUAAAGUAAUAAAU